GACUAAAAAGUUAAAGUAGACUCAACCACAGAUGAUCCGACGACUGUGUUGUCGAAAAGAGGAGACGACGAACGAACCAGUGACAACGUAGAAACCCUACGAACACUAAAAGAGGAAGAAGGAAUCCAAAUAUAAUUCUCGUUGGGAUUUUUAUACGUCUGCAACAAUGGCGGAUUCAUGGAAGGAGAUCGGAUCUAGAUGUCAUCAUUGCGCAGGCCCUCUUACGAAAAAUCUGGAAACUAACGAAUGGACUGUGGCUCCGUUUAUCAGGGAUAGCUUCUCUAUGAUUGGAUCAGCUGUAGGUGGUACUGCAAGUGCUUUCAUUGGAUUUAACCAUGUAAUGCCAAUUGUACGCAAGUGGAUAAAAGGACCCAUGUGGUUGCAUUUUCUUGUUGGUGCUCCACCUGUGAUAGUUGUUUCAUCAGCCUGUGCUGGACUUGCAGGUGGCGCUGUACCGGCUUUGGCACAGCUUGCAUCGUCGUCUUAUCAUGCGGCUGUACAUUCAUCUCAGCCACCGCAAGGGCAAGAGAAGAACAAAUUGCACAAAUCCUCUACCAUUUCUCCUUCGUAGCUACACAGCUCUCUUCUGUUGCUCCUUCCUUAUGUGUUAUGUGUAUAAAGUUUCAACUUUGUGUUCUUUCUAUAAAGAGUUUCCUUAGGACAAAAUGAGAGAUCAAAUUUGUCUGAAGAUAAACUGAUCCAGUUUUGACACUUGACACUUUUGUGUGUAUACAAAAAACUGAAUGCAGAAACGUGAUUAGAAGCAGAUUAAUUAGUAGUUACGAAUUCA